AUGGAUGUUAUGGAUCUUUAUACAAUGAUACUCCAAACAGAAUGUAUAAUGUCAAUUAAAAAACUAUUAGAUUAUUUUAAAAUAAAAAAAAUUGGUAAUAUAAAAGCUGAAACAAUAAUUAGAUUAUGUCAAUUCGUAAUACAAAAUAAUUAUUUUUCUUACAAUGGUAAAUUUUUUCAUCAAGUACGUGGUGGUGCUAUAGCUCAAGUUGGUCAUUCAACAAAUUUUCUUGACUUAUACAUAGAAAAUAACAAUGGUGAUUUAUUUACAAAAGUUUAUCACAAACCAUCGUAUGAACCAUAUUAUUUACCAUUUAAUAGUAUUCAUUCAAUACAUAUGAAAAUGAAUAUUCCAUAUGCUAUGUUAAUUCGUGCGAUUAAAUAUUGUUCAACAUUUGAAACAUAUUUAAAUGAACGUGAAAAAUUAAGAAUGACUUUAUUAUUAAAUAAAUAUCCUGGUGAAUUUAUAGAGAAACAAUUCAGCAGAGUAUUUCAAAUACAUAUUUUGAUGCGGCCAUUAUCGACAAGCAAUUAUAAAACAUUACGAGAGAAAUUAAUUGAUUUAGAUAAAAAAGAAAAAAAUUCCAAUUGA